AGUGUUGGUAAUGUUAGGAGAGGAGGAGGAAAUAGGAAAGAGGAGACCGUCAUCAGCAGACUGACAAUUGGGCAUACUUAUUUGAAUAGUACGCUUUUCUUCAUGGGGAAACAUCCAACAGGGUUGUGUAAUAGAUGUAAAAAACUGCAACAUGUUUCAACUAAAUGUAGGAAAUAUAUGUUAGAGAAGGAUCAUGACGGAGGGAAUGAGAAGAGCAGAGAAACAUACUGGAAUGUGGAGGAGGUGAACGAGGCAGGAGGUAUCCGAUUAGGCAACUGUAGGUGAAAUGUGUAACCAGUAGUUGGCGGUAGUGCAACGCAAUGGAUGCAAAACGCCAUUAAAAUACACAAGAAAAAGAAGAAGAAGAAGGCUUCACGAAAGUUAAGUUCAAGCGCCCAGGUAGACACACAGACUGUAUAUAAGAAGCAGACACAGAGGAGACCUGCUGGACUUCAGAGACCGACCGGGACUACUACAAGAAAGGAAAUGAUGGUGGACAACGAGAACCCGGAGCAGCAGAGCAACAGCGUUCCCGAAAGACAAGCAACAGGCUCGUCCUCUGGUACCAAUAAUGUUCAGAAACGUGGAGGACAAGAGGCACAUUCCAAGUCUUGUCAGGGACUUGAGACUGGAGUGAAACCGUACAGCUGUGACCACUGUGACAAAGUGUUCAAAAAGAUGAGUCACCUGAAAAACCAUCAGAGCGUUCACACUGGAGACAAGCCGUACAGAUGUGACCAGUGUGGCAAAGGUUUUGCGAGGGCAGGCUCCUUAAAAGUCCAUUAUGGCAUACACACUGGAGCCAAACCAUAUACCUGUGACCAAUGUGGGGCAGCCUUCCUACACAAGUGUCACUUCAAAAAUCACCAGUACAUUCACACCGGAGAGAAAAAUUACAUCUGUGACCAAUGUGAGAAAGUUUUCACCACUAGAGGUGACCUAAAAAACCAUCAGCGCAUUCACUCGGGGUACAAACCGCACAAGUGUGAGCACUGUGGGGCAGCUUUCACAAGGCGAGGUCCACUGAUUCGCCACCUACGCAUUCACUCCGGAGAGAAACCGCACUGGUGUGACAUCUGCGGGAAACUCUUUGCCCGGGGAUUUGCCUUGGACGUCCACCGACGCGUUCACACGGGAGAGAAGCCGUACUGGUGCGAAGAAUGCGGGAAGACCUUUGGUUCGGGGAGUACCCUCAAAAACCACCAACGCAUUCAUACAAAAAAAGAAGAGCCCAAAACGACAGUCGGCGACAUUAAACAUUAUUGCUAAGGCCAUAUGGUCAAAAUUUAAUGAUUUUAUAAAUUAUGUCAUAACAGUAACUUAUUUCACCGGUAAAUUGCUGCAAAACGACAAAAACACUGUUUAACUUUAGCUGUCAGCGUUUUAACCGUGUUUAAUCCAGCUACUAGCUAACGGUACGUUGUUAACUAGUGGUGGGCGGAUCGAUCGACAUAUCGAUAAUAUCGAUACCAUCGUUGGUAUUGAUAUUGAUCAAUACCAGUGUAAUGAGAUGGAUACUUUAGUUUUUAGUUUCUCUCCAGCAUGCACUGCUGCGGUUUCAUCAAAGAGGCGACCUGGCUGUCUUCGUCUGUGCCGCUGCUUUCAAGUGCCGCUUCUGUCACAGCGUAGAGCAGGCACCUUUUGCUCCUCCUUCCCCCUCUUAUGAUUUGAUGUUGUACCGUCACGUGACUCGGCGGCACCAAGCAAGCAAGCAGCCAGGCCCAGCAGCGGC